GACGAUUUCAGCUUGUUUGCGUUUACACAUUGUACGCAUUUCAGGUUUAAUUUAAAAAUACCCACGAAAACCAAAGAAACUUGCAAAUAAAUUAAUUUGUAAACAUAUAAACGGAUUUUAACCCAUUUUAAUUACCAAAUUUGGAUUCCCGAACUUUAAAAGCCAGUUCAAGGCUCCUGGUAAACAAGUAGUAGUGUUGUUGGUGUUAUUGAUGGUGCCAUUGAACUCGAAACCAGGGGUGUAAAAAAUAAUUAACUUGAAAAAUCUUCCUAAACACCGCCAUGGCAGUCUCUAGUUGGAUGUUGAGAUCUAAAAUACGUGAGCCCCACGGUAAAAGGCGUAAUAUAGGAACUGGUACUAAAAAUAAAAAAGACGAUCUGUUUACUUCUUGUUUAAAAUUAGAACCCCAAGCAUGUUUCAAGAAUUUAUUAAGCAAACUUUGCUAUCAGAAUACCGAUGAAAAGGAUCUUUUAACUUACCUAAACACUAUGGCUCAGCUUCUGGACCAUUAUGAAAAUAAAUUUGAGGAAAUUAAGUUUAGUAAAAAAGAGAUUCUUACAUGCCUCAGAUUAACAUUAAUGAACGAAUCGUGUACAAUAAGAUCUGCAGGUCUAAGAUGUAUCCGACAUACCAUUCAAAACAAUGACGAUGUUGCCAGUAUUAAUAAUUUACGAAUAAACUUUUUAAUUUCAAAGUCGUUAGAUUUAAAAAAUGACAUGGAACGUAUUGAAGCCAUAAAACUCAUAAGAAAAAUCGGAAUGUUAGCUCCUGACAUGCUUGACAUGUCAAUGACUAGAAGUUUGGUGGCUUUAGCCAAUGAAGCCACUGAAUGCAAAGAUAGACUUCUUAGGAUAUGUUUGGCAACAUUGUCGGAAAUUUGCCUGAUCAAUCCUACACUUUUUAUCAAAUCCGAAGGAGUUCAAGUUAUUACAAGAAACCUCAUAGAUUGCCAAAUACCAAAAAUAGCAGAAGCCCUUUGUGGAGUGUUACUUUUGUUAAUGGACAAACCUGACACACGUGCCAAAGCUGCAGUGGAUUUGUACAGCAUUGCUGCGCCUUUUUGUGAUUUUCAUUAUAAACACGGUUGGAAAGAUAUAACGAGAGAUGAACGCAAAGUCCGCUUGAACUGCAGCCGUUUGGCUUUAUUGACAGUUUUGAAGAGCUGGCCAGGGCUACUGCAUUUUUGUAAUCCCAAGAAUCAGGGAGGAUUUAGGACUAUAGUUGAAGUUUUGCAUUUGAAGCAGAUCGAAGUCAGGAAAGCAGUCCUAGACCUCCUCUACGAUCUCCUAGGACUUCAACAGCCUGAAUGGACCGAUGAACUAUCAGUGGCCCUCAGUGCAAUAGAUCCUUGCGAGCCUCAAUCCUCCUGGAGACUCAAGGAAGAUUUUAUUGCAGCCGAAGGUAGAUCGAUACUGCCUCAUCUUGCCAAAACUACUCCGUCACCUACAGAAAUGCAUUUGGCCCUUCUGUUAUUUUGCUUUUUGGAAUGUGGCCUUUUAGGAGCUUUGACUGAAGUCAUUACUAGUAGUGAUACGUUUAUUAGUGUCAGGGCUACUGUGCUUUUAGGUGAACUUAUAAGACUUAUUCAACUGUAUUUACCUCCUGGUUGCAGUGGGGUCACCCCAUCUAUGCCAUCCUUAUUGAAAUAUGCUACCACUAGUAAACCUCAAGCUCUUUCAGCUUUACUUGCCUUAGUACAGCUGCACAAAUUAAUGCAAAAAAGGCCAGCUUCAUACAGUUUACAUUUAGAUUACAUCAUACGGAAUAGCUCUAGUAUGAGGGGAAAGCAGAAACAAGAAAGGCAUGCUCGAAAUAAGGGGCUAAAGUCCAAAUUGAGUCAUGUUAAGGCUGUUUUAAAGGAUGGAGACGAUAUAGUAAAAGAAACUGGAGUGUUAUCUAGCAACGAAGUAAAAAUAUGGAAUUGGAACCUUAUUAAAAUGAUUCUCAAGGGUGAAAAAGGUUAUAGGUUGGAUCUCACAGACUCUUCCCACAGAAUGUUCCUCAGGCGCUUAUUAGAUUUCUUCAAGCCUUCACAAAAAAAAUACUCACACACCGAUUUAAGCAAUACUCCAAUGGAUUCUUCUGAACUUACCAGCAGUGGCCUCGAAUUUGUUAAAUAUUUGGCAGAAGUAAAAGAUCCCGAGUGUCAGGCAAUGGUUUUAGAUUUUUUCAAAGACGUCUACACCCAAAUUACUUCAAUUUCGACUAGCAGGAGUGUCCACGAUUGCCUGUUCAGUCCUGCACACAUGCACAACACGCAUUGUCAAAGCUAUUUUUUGUUUAUUGGCCAAUUUGCUAGAACCGAAUCUGGCCUAAGCAUUUUGGAGAGUAUAAAGAUGUUUUCUUUACUUCAAGAGCUGGCAACAACAACAAGACUCAAUUGCUAUGUAAAAUUGAUCAUUUCGUCCCUGGAUUACAGCUGCCCUGGACCUGCUAGGGAUAUUUUAGAUGCAGUUUUGACAUGCAACGUUAAACCUUCCCGAUUAUACGCUACACAAUUUUUGUUGGUGUUACUUAGAACCGGUUAUCCUAGUUUCGCUGGUUGGGCAGUUCGACUGCUCUGUAAACAGUUGGAAGAUGAAUUUAGUAAAGUUCGUUUGUCGGCUCUAGCUAUUUUGCAAGAGGCAUGUGAAUUGCCUGAUUGUCUAGAGACUUUGACGGACUUGCAGAUUAAUUUGGCUAAAUUGGGUGAAAAGGGGGAAAUGGUUGCUGUUAAAUUGUUGUCCACUGAGAAAGGGUAUAAGAAGCUUGGAGAAGAUAAGGUUUUGGCUGCUAUAGCUAAAUGGGUCACCACAAUGAACUAUAGAUAUACAAAAAUAGUGGAAGGAGAAAUAUCGGAUUGUCUCACUUUACAUCAGAAAAACGAAGAUGGGAAAUAUGAUGACCAGCAUACAUCGAAUUUGAGUGGGACAAGGAGCAAUUACAGGAAAGACAUAAUUCUGCCACCUCAUCUCUAUGGCCAACUAAACCAAUACGCAGAAGGAUUUCAAAAACUUACAGCUAACGGCUCUAUAACUGCAUUGAUAGAGCUUAUCCAUAAAGGAAACUGCUCUAAUGACAAAGAGAUCCUUCAACUAAAAUCGGCCCUCUGGGCUGUAGGCCACCUAAGCACCUCAAAUAUAGGCUUCGUCUAUCUAAAUUCUUUGGAGUUUGUUGGCAGUAUGAUUCGAAUAGCAACUAAAUGUCCAGUUUAUGGGGUGAGAAGCACAGCAUUUUAUGCUUUAGGACUAGUUGCAACAACUACCAUUGGAUCUGACGAGCUUUAUUUAAACGGUUGGCUAUCGACAAGACAUAACAGACACAAAAAUUGGCCAGUGUUGCAAGAAGAAUUAUUAGACGAAAUGUAUGUCUCGUAUUUUGCAAACUCUAAAUGGGAAGAAGACAAGGAGUCGUCUGAGAAACUGGAUGGGAUUCGAGAGGACGACGAAAUUACUCUAAGCGAAGAGGAUGAGAGGUUGAUUGAAUAUCCUGCCUCACCAGCGUUAAGUCCAGACAUUUGCAAAAUCAAACAAUGGACCUUACCAGCUACCCGAUCUCCAUCCGAAGUAGGUCACAAAAGGUACCUAUCGGAAUCAAAAACGUUUGACGGGAGCAAUGGCUAUGAGGUUGACCACAGAUACGGACCAUAUGAAAACGUCAUUACAAGACAAAGAAACAGUUCCAUGACAGAAAGUACAACUUCCGGUGUCAGUUCCUGCGAUUCAUUGCCCAACCGACAAGGAGGAGGCCCUAGCUAUUUGCAGACUCUCAGCCCUAUUCCUAGUUCGACCAGUUUGAGUAUUUUGAAGUUGCCGCAUCCAUUCGAGCGGCGGAUUCAUAAAAUUUCGACGAACAGUGCUGGUUCCGAAGCUUCAACUUCCUCACUGUCAGGAAGUAACACAAAUGAUUUGAGCUUACAAAAUAUGCUCGGAUAUCAGACAAUAAGGUAUAUACGAAGAAGAGAUUCCCUCAAUUUUCAGCGUACCGAGAGGGAUGACUAUUUAUUUAGAACUCCACCAAUCAAAACGAGCCGCCGUACUGUAAUUGACAGUAUAAACAGUUCAGAACCUAGAGCUACAAUACACUAUUCCAGCUUCUCGAUGGCCAAAUUUGAGCCUAUAUACGAACCGAUUAAAACUUACAAGCCCAAAGAUGCUAUUUAUAGGGGUAUUUGUUUGCCUCGGUGUCUAGAUGAUGUGUUUCCUAGUGAACAACAGACACAUACUAAAGAAACUGAAGCCCUUGAAGAAACACUUGUAAAACCUAACACCACAAUGUACAAUUCUCCAACAAAUCAACCAGCCAACACUUGGAAACAUCACCAAGAAUCCUGUAUAUAUUGUAGCCAAAUACUAGAGCCUUUGAUAACAGAUUUCAACGGAGAUCAUAUUAUUUUAAAAAUCUCCGAACGUUUAGCCGUUCCAGCGAUAAGCAACGCCUUCAAAACUCAAGUAUUAAGACUGAAACAAAAAGACCCCGACAUGUUCGAAAACAUUUGCGUCUACUCCGAAGUGUGCAAAAUGUUCUCAGAGUGUAGCUAUUGCUUAGAGGCGAGAAGAAUUUUGCACGAGCUAUUUUUAGAUGUCGUAUACGAUAAGUGCUUCCAAGAUGCACGAAAAAUGCUUGGGUUGGAUCAAAAUUCGAAUAUUCCGAAACAAGAAUCACGUAAAAGUACUGGCGAUAUUGUCCUGUCGCCUACGGAAUUCAAAACUUUGGAUUCAUUAAAAUUAAUAAGUGCCGAAAAUAAAUUUCCUAUAAGGACUAGAAAGAAUACUACAUAAUUUAUUGUUGAGUAAGUAUGAAGUUAGCAUGAGGGCUCAGAAUUAUUUUUAAGAUUAUUUAUUGAAACUAUAAAAAUGUGUUCAGUUAAGGAAUUGAUUAGAUUCGCUUUGUAUAGAGGCCUGUUCUCAUAGUGGCUUAUUGCAAAAUACUUUAAGGGUUUUUUAUUCCAGAAAUAUUCACAAAAUUUCAUUCAAUGCAGGGCCUGGAUUCUGAACCCACGAUUCUAUUUAAAUUCGUAUAGACGACACUAUCGAAUCGUGGGUUCGGAAUCAGGACCCUGUUCUUUUUCAGAACGAUUAUGAUGAUUUUCCUUUUUCUUUUCCUAAAUUCAAUUAAAAAAAAAAGAAACAAUUCACAGAUAUUUCCUUAACCGAUUGGCUUUAAGGAUGUCUUGAAUUUUUUAUGAAUCAUAAACUCAAGUUUCUGACAUAGAAUAAUAGAAACUGAAACUUGAUGAUAUAUUUAGACGCUGAUAUUUUUUGUACAACAAAUUUCUGGAAUAUCAUACCUUCCUAACGCUUCAAAAAAAAUACACUGUAAAUAGUCUAAGAAGUAUAUUUUAUGCCUACUCGACAUAGUGCGAGUAUGACGAAGGAAGAUUACCUUAUCAUUUUUACACACUUCAUGCUUUACAGUUACGUAUGUUAUGAGUUCAUUGUAAAUAGUAAAAUAUAAAUUAGAACUUAAGAAAAACUUUUUUUAAUUGAAACAGGCAGCUAGAGAAAAAAUAAUUAGUUUUAGUUUGUAACUGAUUAUGCUUUCUACAAAAAAAAUUGAGUUCUUCACUUGAUUUUUACGUUUUCCUGCCAAAACCUAUAUUAAAUUAGUACCUAUUAAUCUGAAAAUUUAAAUGGGUUUUUAUUUUUAAUCAAAUAAACUGCCCAUGGAGUUACUAGGUAUAACAAUUUUUGAGUGAGUGCAAUGUCGGCCGAUUUUAUUAAUUCAGAAAAACAAAACAAUUUUCAGAGUUUGAUUUACAGGAUGCAAGAAUACAAUAUUUAUUCAUGCCAAAAUACAUUACAAAAAUAUUAACACUCAAGUUUUUCACCUAUGCAGAGCAAGUAUUUACUGAAGAGGUACAAAUUUUAAACAAUUACAGGAGAAAAUAUAUAAAUAAACAAAUAAAUACAAAUAUUCAGGCAUCUAAUCAAUAUCACCUACAAUACUGACUACAAUUUUGACUACAUUUUUAUGAUGACACAUCUUGUUCAUUCAAGAAUGUCUGAGGAAUCAUUGCUACAGAAUUCAUCAAUGGAAUGAGAGUACUUCUUGAUUAGGUAUCUCUUCACCAACAACUUGAAAUCUUUUGCAGGUUACACCUUUAUAGGGGGUGGCAAUAAAUUGAAUAUCUUUGGUGCAUGGGAAGAUAUGGCAGUUUUCGCUCUAUGAGUUCUAUGAUAAUCUAAAUAUAUGUUGUCUCUAUUUUGAUUGAUUAGCAGUGCACCAUUCAGUAAUCUUCGACCGCGUCUCCUCCAUGAUUGCUUGCAAAUUCCUCAAGUUCUUUAGCCCUUCUCACAACAGUCGUAUCAUUAGCAAAUACAGCCAAGUCGGCACCAGGGUCGCAGCUACCGAGAUCAUUCAUGUACACCAAAAAGAACAGCGGCCCUAGCAUCGAACCCUGGGGCAAACCAUAUGACACAUCUACAAAUUCGAAUGUACGACCACUUAAGUUAACCAUCUAUUGGUCAGGUAAGAUGAAAUGAGCUUCAUACUAUCAAAAUCAAACCUAUAGUAUCUUAAUUUAUCCACAAGCAAUCUGGAGGAGACACAGUCAAAGGCUUUACUAAGAUCACAAAAUAAAGCCCCAAUGUAAUCUCCACUUGUAUACCCUGCAUUUAUCAGUUCAAUAAGCUUAUUUAUGGCCAUCGUAAUUGACAGAGAAGAUCUGAAACCAAAUUGAGUAUUGUGAAAAAGACAGGGGACAGGGUUACCCUUCACAGCUAUAAACAUUUGUAAAAAUAUCAAGGCAUGCCUGAUCAUGCACUUGUUGCUGUUUUUUCUAAGUCAACAUUCAAUUGAUUUUUUGUUUGUUUGAUUUUUUAUAAAGCUUUGUUGUCAUGCCAAUAGAAUAGAACUAUAAAUGCGUGUUUGAUAGAAUAAACAAUGGAACUUGCUUUUUUGUCAUUUUUACAAUGUGAUGUAACCGUGACUCCUAGGUCAUUUUCCUCUGUUGCAGAUAGAACUCUCCCGUUCAACGAAUAUUCUUGGUUGGAUUAUUUGGACCAAUUCUAUGCACUGUACUUUAUGACUCAUUCAGUUUCAUUCCCGACAUCCUUGAUCAGUUUUCA